CAUUAGGCACCUCACUCUUUCUCUAACAAGAAGCUACCAAACCUUUUUAGCUUUGCGGUGUCUCUCAAAACUCAGUUCUAAAUUUUCUCAGCAAUUCCAAAUAUCACCAUGACAGCCUCUCUCAAUCUGUUCAAGCUCUCAUUUCUCUUGAGUCUCCUCUCUAACUCCGGCCUGUGGCCGGAAACUCUGAGUAACAAGGCUGGUGGCGUUUCUGCCCCACCAACCUGUAGCCGGAUUGAGUGCCCAAGCUAUGAGGUGAUUCAUGUCGGUGAUGGCUAUGAAAUUCGUCGCUAUAACUCAACGGUGUGGAUGUCGACUUCACCCAUUCAAGACAUCUCCCUUGUUGAAAGCACCAGAACUGGCUUCUUACAGCUUUUCGACUACAUUCAAGGGAAAAACAAAUUUGAAGAGAAGAUAGAGAUGACAGCUCCCGUGAUCACCCAAGUCAUGCCUAGCGACGGACCAUUCUGUGUAUCCUCAUUUGUUGUGAGCUUUUACGUUCCAAAAGAGAACCAAGCUAGCCCUCCUCCGGCCAAAGGCCUUCAUGCCCAGAGAUGGGAACCAAUAUAUGCAGCCGUAAGACAAUUCAGCGGAUUCGUAUCCGACUCUGAUGUCGGAGAAGAAGCUGCUGCCUUGCAUGCCAGUCUUUCAGGCACCGUUUGGUCGGCUGCCAUUGAGAAAAGCCAUGCGUCUGAGAUUGCCACGGAGUACACUGUCGCUCAGUACAAUUCACCAUUUGAGUUUGAGGACAGAGUGAAUGAAAUUUGGUUGAUGUUUGAUAUGGAAUAAUAAUCAAGAUGGUGAUGCAGUGUGAGAAGAAACAUGAAGGUCAAAAUGUUAAUGACAUUACUAAUCUAAACUACUCUACGUGAGACAAUAAGUGUUCAUAUCAGUAUAAUCCAAUGCUACUGUAAUGAAUGUGUCUACUUUAUGGCAGUCUUUGGCUAAAUACAUAUUUUGAUAAUGUGCUCGUAUACAUCGAGUUGAGGAUGAGCUAAAUAAACAAACUGCACCAUUUUCUUUCUCGAGAAAGUUGAGCUAAAAGAUGGAAACUUUUGAAAA